AUGUGCUGGCUGCGGUCAUGGAGCCAAAUCCUCCUGCCAGUGUUUAUCUCUCUCUUUCUUAUCCAACUGUUUAUCAGCUUCUCAGAAAAUAGCUUUUCCCAAAUCUCCAGAUACAAGGACAAGCAAAGACCAAAAACUAUGAAUGAUGAAUGCACUGCAGCGGAUAAUUGUCAAUCGUGUAUAAACAGAAAGAAAUGUUUCUGGUGCAGUAAAGAAAAGGCUUGCAAAAAAAUUUGUUUUCCAAAUUCUGAGUGUCCUGUCAGUUGUUCAUUUUGGUUAAACUGUCAAGUUGACAUGUUUGGAUUCCUGAUGCUUCUACUCCUUGUAAUCAUGGUUAUAGCCUUCAUUUGUCAAUUCUGCAUUUAUCAAUAUUACCUACAGAGAACUCGAGUCUAUAUUGGUGGAAGACCACACACAGUUUACAUUCCUCAUGGGGGUGAUUCUGGCAAGUAUUUUAAUUUAUUUGAUGAGAUGCCCAUACUCUUUCAGUAA